GAAAUAUCUGAAUAUUUAAUCUCAACACUAUAUUUUCUUGACGAUGUAAUGGAAUGCAUUGAUGACCAAGCUAAACUGGUUGUUCAAGCUUUUGAUGAGGUCAGUGAAAAUAUGAGGCAAUUGACUUUAGGUAAAGCAAGGUUAGAAGAAAACAUUUAUAACAGAGCAAGUGGCGCAAAAAAUAUUGAAGAAGGCGUACAACAAAUCGAUGGAAUUUGGAACAAGCCGAGCACAUCAAGGGAAGAAAAAACAACUCCUUACAAAAUAUCUGAAAAGAAAAUAAUUCAAAAAGAAGUUGCAAAAAUGAAUAUUACAGCAACUAGCAAAACACCUUUAGUCGGUGUUAUUCAUCCAACAAAUGCUACCAAUAGUGUAGCCAAUGAUAAAGUAGAGACUGGUCCCCUGAAUGGUGCAUUAGACAAUGCUGGGGUUGCACAUUCGCCUGAAGAAUUAGACAUGCCUGUCGAUUCAAAUGAACAAACAUACUGUUUAUGCAAACAAGUUUCUUAUGGUAAAAUGAUAGCCUGCGAUAACUCAUGUUGCCCAAUUAAACGGUUCCAUUUUGGAUGUGUUAACGUAACUACCAAGCCCAAAGGAAAAUGGUUCUGUCCGAAAUGUAAAACAAACAAAAUGAAAAAAUAACUCAUUUUAAAAAUGGAUAAGUUUUUAAUUUUAUAC